UUUUAGUCAGCGUAAAUAUUCGUAAUGAAUAAAAGCAAACAAUUACAAAUUUUGGAAAACUCGGGAAAAAAUCGUCGAAAACUGUAUAUAAUUUGAAUUUUCGUUUCCGAUCUGUAUGGUCGGUGUCUGUUUUUCUGUUUUCUACUAAGCGUAUAAAUACACCAUAUAUUAUAUUAAAAGUAAUUGGGAAAGGUACCACACAUUCUAUACGAUGGAUGGUAUGUUGGGAAAUCUGAGCGGGCGAUUCAAGCAGCUCCAGAAUGUGGAGGGGAAGCGCAUGGCCAUUAAGCUGCUCGGAUUCUACGCGAUGGGCUGGACGCUGCGCAAGCUUAUCAAAUGAGUGGAUCUAUGUCACUAAUCACGUUGCUAAAUUUCGUGUGUUAUGAAACAAUAAUAAU